CUCGUGCCACAGCGACUCUGUUUCUGAUUGCUUGUCAGCUGCACGAGACGCGCGGCAUGUAAGAUACGAAAUCUGUCAGUUAAAGUUAAGUCGGUUGCUUCGCUUCUGUUAAAAGUAUCCGUCAUAUGGUGUCCAACUGGGGGCGAUUGUUACUUUUGUGGUAUCAGAGCACCGUCGCAGCUCUGUGAGAGCCUUCCUGCCGGCUGGCGCCCUUUGUAACUCUCCAAAGUGAAUGACCGUGUGUGUGUUUUCCUCACUCCAGUUACUGGCUUCAAUGACUCCAGGAACUGUCUGAUUCUCCAUCUGUUGAGCAGGAACAGUACAGGUCAGCUUGGCCCUGGCAGACAGAGAUGAGCUGGGCUGAGGAGGACUGGACAGUGGGGCUGUCCGGACGGGUCCUGCAAAGGGUGAAGGAGUUGCAGGUCCAUCGGGAGCGACUACUCAGAGAGAACAAGCAGAAACAGCUGCAGCUAGACAACAUCCAAGCUAGCCUUGAAAAACAGACUGUGAAGUAUGAGGAGGUGCGUGGUGAGCUCCAGUCUGUGCAGAGAGAGCUCCAAAGGGUUCAAGAUGAGGCCAAGGCAGCAGUGACCAGCAGGGAACGCCUGACCCAGGAGCUUCAGACCAAGCAGGCCCAAGUGUGCUCUUUCGAGGGCCAGCUGGAUGCUGCUCGCACCCUCAACAAUAAACUCACCCAGGAAGUUAAAAGGCUGGAGGCAGAGCUGGAGAAGCUGCAGAACAGCAGCAGGUCAGCAGACACCACCCUGUUUUCCACACCCUGCUGGAAUACAGCCUCGCCCUGGGAACACAACGGAAGCAGAAAGGAGGAGAGGCCAGGACAUAGAGAUGAAGGACAGAGCCGGACACUUAACAUCCGACAGCGACUUCAGUUCUCUGACGUGGCCAAUACCUCGUUACCACGACAGCAACACAAAAACACACCCCACCGCCAUCCGUCCGACCAAUCGGAUUCCUUCUCCACUCCCUUGGCUGCGUUUCCAUGGGAACGGGAUGACUCGAGGCCAGCUUCCAGGAGACGGUCCCCGCCCUCUCCCCAGACACCCUGCACUGAUGCCAUCAGUCAAGUCCAAUCAGCGCAGGGGAUUAGUGGGAAGGAGAAGGACAACAGGACAGAGAUGGACUUAUCUUUAUCAGCAUUGCAGAGUCGUGUGUCUGCUCUGGAGGAAGAGUUGUCUGUGAAGGCUGGGACAUUGAAGUCUAUUCAGAACGAAAUGAUGCAAAGCAAGAAGGAGCUCGCCACCAAAGAACUCAGUAUUCAAAGAGCCCGCGAUGAGCUCAGCCUGGCACACACACGCAUGGCCCAGGAGAGUGAACGGGCAUCAGGAGCUGAGCAAAGGUUGAAGCAACUCCAAGAGGAGCUGAAGUGUCAGAGGCAAAAUGCAGAGAGCAGUCGACUGCAACACCAACAACGCUCUAAGGAGCUGGAGAAACAACAUCAGAGGGAUUUAACCGAGCUUCAGAAGGAGAGGCAGUGUCUGGAGAAGCAGCAUCAGCAGGAGGUGAAUAAGCUCAACCAAGAGCUCCAGCAGGCCAGAACGCUCCACAAUGCCCUGCAAGCCCAGGCUGACAAGUUGUCUCUACAGAAGCAGACAUUGGACAAAGAGUUGGACACUCUGAAAGAAAAACUGAAGUGGACGGAGGGACAGCUGCUGGAGAGCCAGAAGAAAGAGGCACAGACACAAGCCAAACUGAUGGAAGUGGUGCGUGAGGCAGAGGGUGUGGCAGUGAGUCUGGAGCAGAGCAGGAAGAAAGAGCGAGCUCUGGAGGAGGAGGGGAGGAGACUGGCAGAGGAGCGAGCCGACGCCCUUCGUCUUGUCAAAGAACUGCAGGAGCAAAAAGCUGCCCCAGCACCCCUUGUACAGCCUGUCCAGUUUUGCCCUGUUGGACAGAGUCUUUCCCCUCAGCCUUCUUACUCUAUUCAUACUCAACCGUCAGCUCACAUCAAGAGGCCCACCGCUGCCAACCUAACCGAGCAGAAGAGGGAAGAGGAGAUUACUGCAUCGUACCCCUCUGACAGAGAGCCAGGAGAAGGCAUCGACUCUGAACACAUCACUGUUCUAAUCUCCUCAGACUCUGAGUGCUUACAAAGGGGAGCACACAGAAGAAAAAUUACAAAGAAGGAAAACAAGAGUGAAAAUGAGGCAAUAGAAAGGGAAAGCUCUGGGACAAACACAUGCACCUCAUUAGAUGAUGUACUCUCUAGUUCCUUUCACUCUUCUCCUGGUACGUCCACCAUGUCCUCUAUGGCUGGUGAUCAUUGCAAUUUGAUGCUUUCCGCUGAAAAGGCACCUUCUGUAAGGUCUGAGCAGGUUAAAGCCUAUGAGGACCUCAAGAGGGAGAAUGCCUCUCUGCGUUCAGAGCUACAUGAUGCACAUGAAGAACUGCAGAAACGACUUGAGGACCUGGAAGCCCAACGACGGGCCGAGACAGAAGCCCGGACGCGUCUCAAACAGCUCAGCCGCAAACGUGCCAGCCAGUCUGCGGAGAAGGAGGAGCAGGACAAGGUAUGGAGGGCACAGCUGGAGAGUGAAAAGUCAGAGUCAGAGAGGCUGAGAAAGGCUUUGGUUGCUUUGGAGUCAGAGACAAAGAGAGGAAAGGAGUCAAGACAAAAGAAUGAGAGAGAGGAACAGGAGGAGAAGAACAAGGUGCUAGAAGACCGGGAGAGCGAAAUGAUAGAGCUUAAUAUCCAGCUAAAGAAACAGCUAGCGGAGGUGAAGUCCCAGCUGGCUUUAGAACGAGAAGAGAGGAAGAGAGAGGAAGAGGAAAGGAACCAAAUAACAAGCACAGACAAAGAUGUAAAGAAGGAGCUGAGCAUGAAAUUGGAAGAACUUAAAGCUGAAUUGGAAGAACUAAAGCGCUGCAGAACAGAAGUCUCACUGGAAGAGGAGAAAAUGUCAAAUGUCAACAGCCCACUGACAUACCUGACUCUCCAUGAUGAUGAACUCAACUCCAACAUUGUUUCCUGCGACAUCAAGCUGCUCCCUUCACCAGAGCAGGACCUCUUCUUCUGCCAGUCCACCAACCAACGAAACAUGCUUGUAUCUCAGCCCUCAGCAGAUCUCAUCCAGGAACAGGGAACACUGAUAGAUCAUGAAUACUCAGAUCAAGUUGAUUCUGACAUGGAAAACACCAGACAAGACUAUCUGGUAGGGUCUUCCCUGUCAGACCACAGAGAAGCACUUUCUGGUAUCCAGAAGGAUGAGCCUGCCCCCCUAGAUAUGGCGAAAGAGGUGAAGCGCUUGCAGAAGGACAAUGCAAAGGAGAUAGAACGUGCUAACCAGUACCAGGUCAAACUGGAGGCCCUGCAGAGACAGGUGACACGUCAGACCCAGCAGCUAACCAUGGCAUUUGAGAAGCAAAGCCAGCAUAUAUCUGGCCUUCUGGCUGAGCUGCAAGCUAAGGAGAGUGCCCUCCUCAGCCAGGGGGAGGAACUGCAGCACUACAAGCAACAGCUGGAAGCACUCAAAGCCCAAAAGAAGGGAGAGGAUACGAAAAGAAGAAAACAGAUGACAGUUAAAGAGUUACAGGAUGGAGUACAAAAAGAAGAGACACAAAAUGAGAUGUCGGUAGAACUCUCAGGUCUUCAGUCAAACCAGGGAAAGGAGUGUGCUGUCACAUUUCUCUCUACAGACUCACCGGCAAACAGUAACUCUGAUGCACAGAGAGAUGUAGGCCAGCCAGAGACUGUGACAUCUGAUGCUGAAACACCUUUUAGUGAUAGUGGAGCACUAUGGUCAGAGGAACAGCAUCCAGGCUCUGUAGGCUCAGAUAAGACUCAGAGUAAACCUGACUCUGCCUGUGUGAUGGGACAGAGUGAGUGUGGUCAACAUAGAGAAACGGCACACGUUGCAGAACUGCUCGCUCUCCAACAGGAAAAUCAGCUGCUGAAACAAAGAAUAUUGGACUUGACCGUCUCUGAGUCGAGCACCUCAGUGUUAGGCGCUGACAAUGAAAACCAAGAUGAACCAGUCAAGCAAAGCCAAAACUCUGGAAAUGCUGCUCUGCCCCGCUUGGUGGAGCAGAGGUCGCAUAUUGAGCCGUGUGACGUCGGCACUGAGGCACGACAGUCACCGCUGCAGAAUGUGAGGAGCAGUGAAGAUGAAGGAGCAGAUUUGGAAAGGGAAGAUGGGAGCACUGAAGAAGAGCUGAAGGGAGUGUGCGAGUUUCAGAUCAACCACCUACAGCAACAGGUGGUGGAGCUGCACAUGAAACUACGGGCUCUCUCUGAGGUGACCCAGCAGCAAGCCAAGGAGCUUUCUGUGUGGAGACUAGCCUCCCAGCCAGCUCCAACAUUUGCUCCUCCUGACAGAGACAACCAGUCUGAAACCCAGGACCAGGUGUCUGCUGUCACACAGUCCCAGUCAGACCAGCAGGAGAUUGAUGAGAUGACGUACGUCCUUACAGGGAGCCAGCCUGUGACUCUGAAUGUCAAUCAGGCCCAGGUUCAGGAACCUUACCUGGCUGUUCAGGAGAGCCCUGGAAAUGUGACGGUCGUCAGAGAAGAUGAGUUACUCCUCUCCUGCUCCUCGAACAAACUGCAGGGCCGCAUGUUGUUGUCCAGGCUGCAGCACAGCAAUCUUCCUGAUUCCAAGAGUCUCAAUCCCUCUAAAAAGAAUGCAGCCCUUAGGAAAUACAAUCAGGAGACAGCCAAUAUUAACAAGGACUCUGAAAAAGAAAACCACCUCUUAUGGCAGUCAAAUAGCUGUCUAACAAGACAAAAAGACGCUGAAACUAUCCAGAUGUCAUCUGAGAAGACGUGUCAACAGCAUGUCACCAAAGACUUCCCCAAAGUCUCAUUACCAAAGCAAACCAAAACAGCCGACCAUCACAUGGGGAAUCCUGAGGCCAAACCAGAUGGUUCCAGAGCAACCAUUGAAAUAAACACAACCGCUGAUUCCUCAGACAGAGUUGUCAGGACAGAAAUGAAAAGUGUCAGCAGUCAAACCGAGGAGAGUUUGUAUCCUCGCAGUCCUCUGACAGUAUCUGAACUCCACUGUGCAUACACACAGACUGAGGAGGUGAAGGAAGAGGAUGAGGACGAGUUAGUGGAAUCCCCUCCUGUCUCUCCUGUCCCGUUAUCUAAGGGGGCAGAGGUAGGAGACAAGAUGUUAUUUUCAGGUUCCUUCCCUAUUCCGGCUGACCCGGCCCGCCUGGCUGAAAGAAUCCGCCGUAACAGGACUCAGCUGUCGGCAGCCUUUGACGACACAGAGUAUGAACCCUAUGGACUGCCGGAAGUUGUCAUGAAAGGAUUUGCAGACAUCCCUAGUGGUCCUUCGUGUCCUUACAUUGUGAGAAGAGGUUUAUUAGGAACGAGUGUCGUACCCGGCCCUCAGAAAAAACAGGAACAGGAGGAGAUGGAUUAACAACUAAAGAUAUGGUGGAUAAAAAGAACUGAUCACUGUGAUCUGACAGUGAACAUCAGUGAUGGACAACAGCAGCUGCAGAGGGACACUCCAGUUCUGAGCAGCAUGAAGCAUUUCAGCCCAACACAGGACCAGUUUAUAAAGCGCUGCAGUUGUUUAUGGACUUCUGUACAUGCGUGCAGGUAACUGGGUUUGCUCUGGCGGAAUAAAUACCUCCACUGUGCACCUAAAAUGUCUUAAUGUUCACUGGUUUAUCCUCUAAGUGCGGUGUGGAGACUUUGCUGUCCAUCACAAUGCAGUCACUUUACACCCACAUGUAUAUUUAGGAACAGAAGUAGUGAUUUGAUGUUAAUAACCACUUUUCCAAAGGGACUGUUUAGUUUUUAGUAACUCUGAAUUUAGUUAGGGAUCUAACCUACCUUGAAUGAAACAGUGCCUAGAUGAUGCUUUUCUAAACAAGUACUUAUCAAGAUAAGUUGGACUUGUUUUCAAAAAAGGUGAAGCCACAAGAGGCCUGUUCUGUAAAUCUGAUAUAUAUUUUCUUCUUCUGAAUUCUUAAGGUGGCUUAUUUAUGGACACUUGAAUGUGUUUUAGUAGAGGCCAGGUGUUUACAAAAAUUAUGUGAAAGCAUGGAUUGUAUGUAUGUGUGUGUGUGUGUGUGUGUGUGUGUGUGUGUGUGUGUGAGACGUCAGCUGUGAAUAUGAACAUGUGUGUCCUCAUUUUGGCAUUACUGUUUGUAUAUGUGUAUAUGUGGGAGGUAGAGAGAGAGAGAGAGGGGCGAGCAUGCCUGAUUCAGUCAAACCUUCAUCAGUUUCCGCUCCUUGUAUGGUGAUGCACACUGUGCUCCUCUCUCCUCCUCCUCCUCCUCCUGCUUUGCUUCUUUAUUUGACACUAGAGAGCACUGCCAUGGAUUUACCAAAAACUAACAUUUGAAGCUUUAUUUUACUAAUUGAGCAUACAAAUAAAUUCAGUUUGUUUCCUUAUGUUUGAUCAGUUCUAAUUUAUUUAUUUGAUGUGUCUGUUUUUGGUUCUUGCAUAUCUGGUACUGUGUUGUAGACUACAGUAACCCACCUGUAUGGACACUGUAGCUUUGGUAGAUAAAUUUGGAGUUGUAACUAUAAUUGUUUCUUCUGUACGUCCUGGCUGCAAAGAGAUCUUUUUCUCUUUUUCUUUCUCUUGUUGUGUGAGUGAUUGGGAGAAAAUGUACAAUCCUCGUUCUAUGUAUAAAUACAGUGUAAACUUUAGCAGACGUUAAUGUAAAACUUGUGAAAUAUUAAUAUAUAAUGUGAAAUAUUUGCCAUAUAAGAUUGGUGAUGCAGUGAAUAUACUAGCAGGCAAGUAUUUGUACCAUUGACAUCCUCAUCUGCUUUCCUUUAACCGGCAGAUUAUGUUAAAAAUGAGUGACUAAUGUAGCACAGCUAAUAAGCUACAAUAGCUUCAUUCAUUUUGGAUUAUCAGUCCUCUCACUGGUAACACCGCUUGCUGUCAGUCAACAGUGUGAAUUUGUGGGUCAGAAUUCAACAGUGAGCAAUAAUUUCCGUGGAAAUCCACAGGAAAUGCUGCCAUGUUUUUAACCCUUGUAUAACCGCCAAAUUUAAGUUUCCAGCAGACAGUCUUUACUUGCUGAGUUCUGUUUCGGAAUCAUAACAAAAGAGGAUAUUUUAUACUAAAAACGCUAAAUUUUCAGGGUACCUACUUGAUGGUCAAACUCAGAUCGCUUAAUUCUCGUAUUAGCUUAAAAAAACAUAGGACAGUGGGUUUUGUUCCCCGUUAAUUCUACACUAAAAUUGCUUUGAGCGAUGGUGUCUUUGUGGUCAGUAUGUACAGGGGGAACAGUUGAAGAGAUCAUUAAUUCCUUCAAAGUAGAUAUUGGCAUGUGAAUAUUGUUUUACGACAGACUUGUGAAAAUGUGAACGUAUGUUUUAAAAGCUUGCUGAGCUGUCUUUCAGUGACUUUUAAGAUUAUUUCAGCUGAAACUUUUUGACACGUUUUUGUUAACUCUGGAGUGAUUUUUACGUUUUAUUUUAAGGUUUAGAGCUUUAGAGUUUUGUUUACUCAGUCAGGGAGGGGUGGACUGUUAACUAAACUGACUCAAUGCCAUCACCAUUCAUUUACCCUCCUGACACCCUCUGGCACACAUAUAUACAUACAUACACACACACUCUCAGCUGCCUUCAUAUCUCUGGGAUCUUUCGGCAGUGAGAUGGGAUUGCCGGACUGUAGGCAGAAGCUCACUGUGUAUUUGUUGCCUUGUUUUGGACACUUUGAUGUGAAAGUAUCUGUGUUGUGUUUGCAGCUAGAAUUAAAGGCUUGCUCUUAAUUUAA